AUGAUAGGAUCCAUCAAAGCCAUCAAAGCAGCCCGCACUGCUGCGCUCGAAGAGGUAGAAGCGCCCUCACUAGGUCACGCCCCAACUGUGCAAGUGAGUUCGGAGGAGACGAUGCUUCGUUUUCUAGCACAACGUUUCUAUCUUUCCUAUGACAUGGUCCUUGAGGCGCGUUCGAUCUUCGAACGAUACUGCAUACUGGAUCGAGCCGUGGAACCUCCUCUAGGCGACGGGGUGGGUGAAGUAGAGGAGGGUGGGGUGCCCGAGGCGACGACCACGCCGCCCUGUGCGGCACCAGAAUCGGUGUAUCGCAUUGGGAUUACCGGUCUGCGAGCAUUCUUUUCGGAUCUUGGCGUUGCGCAGUCCGACAUUGAGAUAGCCGAUCUCGUGGAGCGUUUAUCAGGUCGCAUUAGGGAGUUCGACGUCGAUGCUUGUGAUACCUCGAUGCUAAGCAAACCAACACUAAAACGGAAGAUCAACAAACAGUCUAGCUCGGAGGAACAAAAGAUCUCACCGAAGCGAAAAAUAGCGAGUUUUGGAAUCGGUAGCCUCGAGGAAGAACGAGGGGUGGCGAACCACAACACCGUGGGGUCUGAGCACCCCCUUGCAACACCGCAGAGCGAUGUGUCGCCAGAACUAAAAAGCGGCGGCCUGCAUGCAUUGACAGUGGUAUCGCCUCCCGGCCUGAGUUUUUACCACUUUCUUUUUCUCUUGCAGGAGGAUUUUUAUGACGGCGCCGAGGUGCAAAAGGUGCGACAACAGCAGGAAAAGGAAGCUGCGGAAGUGUUUCGCGAGAUGGAUGUCGAUCAUAACGGCAUACUGACGGAGUCCGAUAUCCGUCAGGUCUUGGCUCGACUGUUGACGGAAGAGACUACCUUUCAGGAUGACGAAACUAUCCUGCGUCUGGCCAGUCUCCAUCCGAUCGAGCUUCAAGCGGCGCUAGAGGAAUUCGAUAUCGAUUCUGACGGGAACGUCACGCUGAGUGAUUUUCUGUCAGUUCUGCGAUCUUGA